GGAAGCAACGUAUGUGAUAAGGGUAGCGUAAAAUUAAACCUAAACCAGUCUCAGCCCAAGCUUAAACAUGACAUGCACAGUUCCUCUCGACAACAAGAAGUGGGAAGGAUUCACGCCCUUGUUUUUUCCCAAUUAUUUCAGUUAUGAACUUCCUAAAAAUUGCUCCGCAUCCUUCAGCUAGAUUAGCCUUCACAAUUAUCUCUGAUUGUUGCCGUGGAUUCACUUCACACGCCCAUUCAUUUGCUCUUGCUGGCGCCAAAUUAAAGGUUAAUAUCUUAAAAUAUGGAGUACUCGAAAGCAACAGCAGAACCAGACUACACUACAACGGGUGCACAAAUUUGGAUAAAAACAGUCCAGCUUGCAUUGAAUUGGGAAAUGGAUAUGCUUUAAAAGAAGGAAUAGAGAGUACUUCUGAGAAGAAUGCCAACAAAGAAUCAUUCUACGAUGAAGUCAUUCGAAAAGUGUUAAGUCCCUCCAGCUUAGAUCCAGUCAAGGUCAAGAAGGACAAGGGAUUGCUAGAUGAUCAAGAGCUAGAAAAGUUGGAAUCUUUGGAAAAUUUUGUGUACGAGCAUAGGUUUGAUCAUGGUUGUUUGGUGAUUAAGGCUAUGGAUAAUGAGCACAUGGAGGAUACAUCAGAACUUUUGACAGAGUCCUUUGCAGAACUUAUGUGGGGGCCUUUGACUUAUAAGCCUUUGUUGAAGUUCACAAUCAGAGAGCAUAUGAUGGAGAGGAGGGCUCUUGUUCCACAUGCCGUCACACUUAUAGGCCUGUAUGCAGAAAGAGAGGGAGAAUGGACCUUUUGUGGCACUGUAGAGAUUUCUUUGAAUUCUAAAGGAGCUAGUAAGUUUCAUACCACACCGGUUCCUCCAAAGAGUUCUCCAUAUCUCUUCAACAUGGCAGUGAAUAAAGACAUUCGCAGGAGAGGAAUCGGUUGGCAGCUCUUGAAGGCAAGUGAGAAGCUUGUAACACAAAUGGGAUCUGGUGAAAUGUAUUUGCACUGCAGAAUGAUUGACAUGGCACCAUUCAAUAUGUACACAAAAGCUGGCUAUAAAGUUGUUGAGACAGACAACAUAUUAACUCUGCUUACAUUGCAACGUCGUAAACAUCUGAUGUAUAAGAAAUUAGCAUUAACAAGUUAGCAUAAAGAAGUUAAUAUGUGAUGGAGCCUCCAAAUUGUAACAUAUGAUUGUAUAGCUCCUUAGAAAUUUAGCUCGAAGAAACAUUUGAGGCAUAGCAUGGAAAGUGUGCUUAUGUAUAUCUAUUGUUUAACAUGAUUAUCAAUAUUUAAUUCCACUAUACCUCAAAUUUCUGAAUA